ACUUUGGAUUCACAAUUAGAAAAAGAAGCUGAGUGGAACCAUUUUUUUGAGUAUCAGACUCUGUCAUCAUGUAUGGGGAUUGCGUCUGUUAGUAGUGAAAUAUUGCCUGCUGUUAAUCAUAUACUCUUAGAAUACUUAACCCCACAAAUUCUUUCUAUUGAGUGUACUAAAAUGGUACAGUGUUUAUACUUUGAUGCAGUAUUAGUCGACUUAACAGUAAUUGGAUUAGAUAAUGAGAAUAAGGAUAUAGAUGAUCGAUUUACAGAAGAUAUUUAUUAUGUGAAGCAGAUUUUAUUUAAGUCAAUAAUAUCAAAAGAAAAUGUGAUUUUCACAAAUUCAGAUACUAGUAAAGCUCAACAAGGUCAAAAAGCACCUCAACCUUUUACAGUUCUCUCCAGAGGUUCUAAAUUUGGUGAAAUUUGGGGUCUUGCACGGCAAGCUGUGCAAUUGGCCGUAGAAUGUGAUGAUAAUAAUAUGGAACUAUGGUUGAAACGCUUUAUUAAUCAAAAGAAGUGUCUUUUAAUACAAAAUGAAGAGUCUAAAGACAGUGAUGACAGCGAAGAAAGUGAAAAGGAAAAUAAUUCCACAAUCGAAAAUUCAGCGAUUACUAAGUAUAGGGGCAGGCCUGUGACUAAAAGAUUCAAGGCUGCCACAGAAAAGCCUCAUCGUCAGCUAUAUACAUGUCAAAGCUGUGGUAAGACUGGGCACAAUAGUGCAAGAUGUCAAAAGAAAG